CGACGUUCCCGACCCAUAAUAAACCCUCCAUGAAGCCCACAAAGCGUUAGCGCCUUCACGGGACACACCGAAAUCUCCCUUCGUUUGGGAAACUCAAUCACAAGCGUUCCUUCCUAUCUGCCUAUGUAGUUUCACACUACCCGAGACGUUGAGCAGGGACUAGUGGUGCUUUGAUUUUGAGUUUGUCUACAUCGCAUACGUCUUCUCACGCCUUCGUGUUUACCAGAGAAUCAGCAGGUCUUGAAGUCUUGGCACCCGCCAAUUUCCGAUUGGCACCAUGGCGUCACACUCCUGGGAACAACUCGUCACAUUUACCACGGAUUCAGUCGGGCUUGAACGUACCUUCAGACUAUUUCACUCCGUCGCCCAAAUUAUAGCUUCAUUUCCUUCCAUCUUGGGUCUGGUUAUCUACUUUCUGGAGUACAGCACAUCUAAACCUCAUUCGCCCGUGGUGACGAAAUCACUCCUGCUCGCCCUCAUCCAGCGCCUAGCAUUAGGCCGGCGGUUCAUUCGACUAUUCCGCUUCUUGGAAUCGUUCCAUUCCGCCCAUGCCCUCUAUAUGAACAUCUCUCAGCCCCAAACACCCAAAGCCUCGCGGGAUCCCACAUGGGUCCAGACCGAGGCUUGGUUGGACGUCUUUGGGCGCACAUUCAAUGGCAUGUAUCUACUUCUCGAAGCCACGACCAUCGUCAAUGCAUUGCAGAUUGAUGGGCUCGCUAUUUGGACUCAGGAAUUGGAGCGUACCAUCACCGUUGAAGGUCAACGCUUCUGGCUCUUAUCCCUAGUUUGCGGCGUCCUUUCGGGGCUGCUGAAAAUGGUCCAGGUCAUGGCCUACACUCCUGUUCCGGCCACGGGCGAUGGGUUCUCUCAUGGAAAAGUGGAGGGCCAUAAUGAAACCGAGAAGGAAAAGACAGACGACCCAGAGGUGUUCGACAUGAAGAAGGAGCAGGAGCGCCUUCGAAAUAUCGCCAAGGACAGAAAGAAGGCGAGAGGGCUAUGGAUUCGCGAGGUGCGGGGCAAGAUACAUGGGCUGGGCAGAAUGGUCGUGGCGAAUGCUCUCGAUAUUGUCCUGCCUGGCACGGUAGUUGGUUGGAUCAGAUUGGAUCCUGGGACAGUUGGUAUCGCGAUGUUUAUUACGACUAUACUGACCGGGAAGGAAGUUUGGGAGCGUUGUGGGCGGGAGGUCGCAGCUAGCAAAUAAGACGUUCGCCAUGGCAAAUGCCCACCGGCUACGAGCACGAAUACUUCACGAUGAAAGUCGAUACCAGAUGUGGGCGACUGGCGAAAUGGUUGGCUUAGAACAACAGGAGCUGAUAAAGUUGACGAAGACAAGAUAUCUGAAUUUACCGAAUUGCAUUACUUACCGA